CUGCUCCCACACGGCUCAGCUCCGCUCGCAUCCCGAGUUCCAGCCUCAGCUCAGAAUUUUGGGGACCCCUCACCAUGUCUCGCCAGUCCUGUGCUCUCGGCAAGGGGUUCAGCUCCAGCUCCGUGUGUUUCGGGGGCAAGAACAAGGUCGCAUUCGGCUCCAUGUCCCGUGGAGGAUGCCGGGGAUCCGGUGGCGCUGGUGGCUUUGGCAGCAGGAGCCUCUAUUCCUUGGGGGGCAGUAAAAGCACCUCCCUGGGAGGAUUUGGGGGGGCUGGUGGUGCCUGCAGAGGCUUCAGCGGCCAAGGAGGCUUUGGCUUUGGGGCCGGAGCAGGAUUUGGGGGCGGCUAUGGUGCAGGGAGCUUCGGUGGAGGCCUCGGCAGUGGCUUUGGUGGCUUUGGUGGAGGAUUUGACGGUGGGAUGGGGAGCCAGGGCUUCCCCGUGUGCCCCCCGGGCGGCAUCAGGGAGGUGACCAUCAACCAGAGCCUGCUGGCCCCCCUCAACCUGGAGAUCGACCCCGAGAUCCAGAAGGUUCGGACGCAGGAACGGGAGGAGAUCAAGAAACUCAAUGAUAAAUUCGCCUCCUUCAUCGACAAGGUCCGGUUCCUGGAGCAGCAGAACCGAGUCCUGGAGACCAAGUGGAAGCUGCUGCAGGAACAGGGGGGUGCAGGAACGGGGGGCAGGAACCUGGACCCUUUCUUUGAGACCUACAUCAGCGGGCUGAGGAAGCAGUUGGAUUGUCUCUCCAGUGAGAAGCACCAGCUGGAGACAGAGCUGAAGAGCUUCCAGGACAUGGUGGAGGACUUCAAGACCAAGUACGAGGAGGAGAUCAACAAAAGGACAGCAGCUGAGAAUGAAUUCGUGCUCCUGAAGAAGGACGUGGAUGGAGUCUACAUGGCCAAGGUGGAACUCCAAGGAAAAUUGGAUUCUCUGUCAGAUGAGAUCAACUUCCUCAAGUGUCUUUAUGAGGCGGAGCUGUCCCAGAUGCAGAAGACUGUGUCUGACACCUCAGUGGUUCUCUCCAUGGACAACAACCGGAACCUGGACCUGGACAGCAUCAUUGCCGAGGUCAAGGCGCAGUAUGAGGAGAUCGCCAACCGGAGCCGGCUGGAGGCCGAGUCCUGGUACCGCUGCAAGUACGAGGAACUGCAGGCGACUGCGGGCAAGCACGGGGACAGCCUCAAGGACACCAAGACCGAGAUCUCGGAGCUCAACCGCAUGAUCCAGAGGAUCCGAGCUGAGAUCGAGAGUGUGAAGAAGCAGUGCGAGACCCUUCAGACAUCAAUCGCGGACGCAGAGCAGCGCGGGGAGGUGGCUCUCAAGGAUGCCAGGGACAAACUGACUGAGCUGGAGACAGCCCUGCAGAAAGCCAAGGCUGACCUGGCCCGGCAGCUCCGGGAAUACCAGGAGCUCAUGAACGUCAAGCUGGCCCUCGAUGUGGAGAUUGCGACCUACAGGAAGCUGCUCGAGGGCGAGGAGUGCAGGAUGUCUGGAGAGUGCCAGAGCUCCAUCAGCAUCUCUGUGGUGGGCGGCAGCAACUCUGUGGGAGGUGGAUACGGCAGCGGAUUGUGCCUUGGAGGAGGAGGAAUUGGCUUUGGAAGCGGGAAAGGCAGCUGCAACACAGGCGGUGCUGGUUUAUGCUUCAGCCUGGGAGGGGGCGGAUUUGGUGCCGGGGGUGGAUUCGGCUCUGGAGGGGCUGGAUUUGGCUCCCUGGGUGGGGGAUCUAAUUCGGUGGUGGUGGGGGGAUCUGGCACCAUCCUGAAGAACAGCAGCUCCACCAGUCGGAGGCCAUAGGAAAGGGAUCAACCCCCUUGGCCCCGGCACCCAGAGGAGAAAGGGAGCGAACUGCGCGAUGACCCCCCAAUGACCACUGAGUGAUGGGCGCUGACGGCACCUUAAACCACCACCCAAACUGCGGGUAGGAGACAAACAUGGCCAAACCCACCUGCUAAGGAGUGAGAUUCCCAAGAGCAUCUGAGAACAGCUCAAUCCCUCGUGCUCCCCUCCAGCUGCUGGACAUCAGGGUGCCCAGGUCUCCUUCGGGAGCAGGACCUGCCCAUUCAUGGGGAGCCCCAAACCCAGCUGGGAUGAGCCGCACCCUCCAAGCAAGAGGCACCUGACCACAGGCAGGAGCGGGGAUGGAUCUGAGUGCAGCUCCAAGUGCGGCGGGAAGCCUCAGCUUUUCUCAAGCUCUUGUGCUGGAUCCAGGUUUAAUCAGUGCCAUGCAUCAGCCACAGCUCGAGCUCUAAAACGGGAAUUUCCUCCCGGUGCCUCGGCCCAGCUGAAGAUGUGUCUCACCCAACUGACUUAAUUUGCUUUUUCCCCCCGAGUUUCACUCGUGCUGUUGUAAAAUGUUUAUUUUUCCUUAGGGUUCACCUUUCGCUCGGAACCAUGGGAACAAUCGUGUGUGUUUGCUUAAGCCUUUCUCCUUGGCAUGUGCCAUCCCCCAAUAAACAAGAGAGGCAGAAA